AUGUCUCUAAAAUCGUUACCCAAGGAGCAGUUCAAUGCGCUAUUGGCAUUGAGUAUCCCGGAUUUCCGGCAAGCUCUUGGAGUAAUGGUGGCAAAAACAAUGAUGGCUCAGCCUGAGCCCAUUGAUAUUCCUGCCAAAAUUGAAGAUUCCUCUUUCAAAGGCCCAGCGUCCGAUAUUCCUAUCCGCAUUUACACACCAGAAGGUACUGGUCCAUUUCCAGCGGUUGUCUUCUAUCAUGGUGGAGGCUGGGUUUUGGGCAAUAUCCAGUCCCACGAUAGUAUUUGUCGACAAAUGUGCGUUCAAACUGGAGCUGUUGUCAUCUCCGUGGAAUACCGUUUAGCUCCCGAAGCCAAGUUUCCAGCUGGACCAAAUGAUUGUUAUGCCGCCUUUCAUCACGUUCAAAGCAAUCCAGACAAGUACGGCAUCGACGCAGAGCGUGUAGCCGUUGCUGGAGACUCUGCAGGCGGAAAUCUUGCCACUGUAGUAUCCAUUAUGUGCAGAGAUCGUCAAGCACCCAGACCCAAGUUCCAGUGUCUCAUAUACCCUGCUUGUGAUUUUACCGCAAACGGACCACAUAAGCAAUCAGAUCCCAGUGACCUUCUCGUUAUGGAUUUUAUGAACUACAUGAAGGAUGGAUACAUUAAUGGUCCCGAAGACGAAAUAAAUCCGCUGGCGUCACCAUUGAAAGCUGACUUGCACGAUCUUCCUCCUGCCUUUGUGAUGACUUGCUCGAUGGACCCGUUGUUGGAAGAAGGCGUUGAGUACGUACAAAAAUUGAAAGCAUCUGGUGUUCCUUGUGAGCAUAUUAAUGCUAUUGGUAUGGAUCACGGAUGCUUCAGCCAGGACCGACGAACGGACCCAGAUAUACAGCAAUAUCAAGAUGCCGCAUUUGCAGCUAUCAAGAAAGCUUUGAUCUAA